AUGCAGCCCUUCACCAUCCCUGUUCAAAUUACACUCCAGGGCGGCCGGCGGCGCCAGGGGAGGACAGCCUUCUCUACCUCAGGGAGGAAGAGAAAUAUAUACCACAAUGGUGGAAAUCCACUAGAUGUGUGCAAGAAGCUGCCUUCCAGCGCUGGAGAGGACCGAGCCAUACUGUUAGGGUUUGCAAUGAUGGGCUUCUCCGUUCUAAUGUUCUUCUUGUUUGGAAUAACCAUCCUAAAGCCUUUCCUGCUCAGCACUCAGAGAGAAGAAUCGAACUGCACUAUCGUCCACACACAUAUCAUGGAUGACUGGAUGGACUGUGCUUUCACCUGUGGCACGGACUGCCAAGGUCAGGGCAAGUACCCAUGUCUUCAGGUGUUUGUGAACCUCACCCACUCAGGUCAGAAAGCUCUCCUGCAUUAUAAUGAAGAGGCUGUCCAGAUAGAUUCCAAGUGCUUUUACACACCUAAGUGCCAUGGAAAUAGGAAUAAUUUGCUGGACAGUGCUCUGGACAUAAAGGAAUUCUUCGACCACAAAAAUGGGACCCCCUUUUCAUGCUUCUACAAUCCAGAUGGCCAAUCUGAAGAUGUCAUUCUCAUAAAAAAGUAUGACCAAAUGGUUAUCUUCCAUUGUUUAUUUUGGCCUUCGCUGACGCUGCUAGGUGGUGCCCUGAUUGUUGGCAUGGUGAGAUUAACACAGUACCUGUCCCUACUAUGUGAAAAAUAUAGCACUGCACCCAGAGGUGGGAUAGGUGGCAAAGUACCUUAUAUGAAACAGCAUCAAUUCAAAGUGUGGAGUGUGGGGAGGAGCAAAGGAAGGAGCAGAGAAACCUUAAGAUGGUGGCCAAAUUAAUGCCCUAGCUUUUAGAUACCUGCAAUUUCUGCACUUGAGGACCUAAUUACAACUGCUUGCAGGCUAACCAAAAGGCAAAUUUAGGUAUGAUAUGGGAAAGAAAAAAAAUUAAAAAGUCUCAUAUACAUAUUCCACAAAUUUUGUUAAUACAUACAGAUUCACCAUCUUUUCUACUCCAACUCUCUUUCCACAUGAGCCAAGGAAGCACUUUUUGUUCCCACAUGGCAAAAUGAGCUCUAGGUAGUUAUCUUUUACCUAAUUUCAGCUCUAGAUAAAAUUUGUCAAUGUGGAAAUAAUCGAUAAGGGUAUCAAACCUACUGAGCAGUGAACAAUCAACCUAGUUCUAUGCAAUAUAGUUCACAUUAAAACAUUUCUCAAAAAAAUUCUUGAAGAACAGUUCAUUCUCUAGAGGAAGACAGUAAUUUCAGAAAAUGUGGACCUACCAUUUUACUUCACCAUUCAUGAUAAAGGAAGAAAGCCGCUGCCUAGAAAAUUCACUAAGUUUAGAGUUAUCUAUACUUAACUUUGCCAUGUACCAUGUAAUAUUUCUUUCGGCAACAUUUUUUCUCGUUAAUUAUGCUUUCCGUAAGCUCAUUGUAUUCUUUGUGCAUGCACAUGCUGAUGAGAGUGGAAGAGAUGGCUAGAAAUGUGUUAAGUAAGGAGAAGCCAUCCUGGAUGCAACUUAAGAUUCAUCUCAGAUAAUCUGGAUACUCAACACCUGUCCAUAUUUUAAUUGAUGAAUCGACCAGGUUAUUAAAUAAUGAAUGUCACAAGACUCUCCAAUAAGUGCUGUCCAGAUUAAGCUGAAUGAGUUGAAAAGUUUGUUUGAAAACCAAUGUGACUCAAAGUAUUUUUAAAAUUUCACCCCCCCACCCAAAAAUGUUACAUCAUGGACCAUAGAAUGAGACAUUCUUUAAAGCAAUUUUUAUAUGUAGAUGUAAUCAAACCAGAAACUUUGAUUCUAAGCCAAUUUAAUGCUUUUUAGAAAUUAAUUUUAAGCCACAAAUUACUAAAUAAAUUGAAUAAUUAAAUAGAGCAACAGUGAUUUGACCAGUAAUGAACAAUUUUGGAGUUUUCUUCUUGUCCUAGUGUGAAAUAGUGAAGAGAAUAUGUGUCUCAGAUGAGGAUUUAUUUGAGCUCGAAGGCCAUAAUUACAGCUUUUUAGAUAUGUAUCCUUGGGCAAUUCGACCGACUUGUUUGAGCCUCUCUCUUCAUCUAUAAAAUGGUGAUAAUCUCUUCUUUCAUGGGGUUAUUUUAGGGAAUAGAGUAGGUGAAACACCUAGCUUAAUUUCUGGCACAUAAUAGAUGUGUUUUAAAAUGUUAGUAGAAAAAAAAAAUCUUUUGCUGUUUUAAUAUCCUGUCAGCCUUAUCCCUCUUCUGGGUAUGUACACAAAGAAAAUGAAAUCAGUACCUCUAAGAGAUAGCUGCACUCCCAUGUUCACUACAGCAAGAUUCACAGUAGUCAAGAUCUGGAAAAAACUUGUGUCCAUUGACAGAUGAAUAAAGAAAUUAUGAUUAUAGACAUAUAAUGUAUGUAUAUAUACAUAUACACAUAUAUAUAAUGGAGUAUUAUUCAGCCUUUAAAAAGGAGAUCCUACUAUUUGCAACAAUAUAGAUGAACCUAUAGGGCAAUAUGCUACAUAAAAUAAGGCACAGAAAGGAAAAAAAACCCACAUUUCACGUAUAUGUGGAAUCAAAAAAUUUGAAUAUAUAGAAAGAGAGUAGAAUGGUGGUCAUCAGGGGUAAGGAGGUGGGGGAGAUGGGAAGAUGUUGAUUAAAGGGUACAAUAAAUUUUAAACCCAUCUAAUAAUAAGCAGUUCUUGGGAUUUUUCUCCUAACAAAUUCAAAACCACUAAUUUGAAACCUAGAAUGUGUGAAAGUGUGAAAACUAAAGUUUCAUUUACUACAGUUUUCCAUUCAUAGAGUGGCUACUUGGUUCAUCUCAGGAAAGACAGACUUUAUGCUUAGAGAACAAAGUCAAUUUAGAACAAUGUUAAUUCAAAGUCAUUCAAAGCACCUGACAAAUAAAGAAAAUUUAAGCAAUUAUUUGCUCUUAAUUGCUUAGCAGUUCUAAGUAUCAAUGCCCACAUGCAUUAUGGGUCCAAGAAAAGCCCAAACUUACUUUUUGCAAGGCUUACAACAACUGAAAGCAAAAACAGUUUGCUUCUAACUUAACUCUUCUUUUAUGUCUGGUCUUCAGCUGACUUGGAAAAAAGUCUACUUGUAUAUACAAACGCAUUCAUACAUGUAUGUGUAUACAUAUAUUUCUGCUUGAAAUACAAGCAUAUAAUUAUGCUUAAAGGGAGUUAAUAUUUAAAGAGGUAUUUCUAUAAUAUUCAUCAUUUUACUGGGGCAGAAAAAUUAGCUUUAAGACAUAAUAGUUUCAGGUUUUCAUUCAAUUAUUCUGUCAUCAUUGAUAAGAACUCGAAUUCAGCUAAUUUGAUUAUUAGCAACACUGGUUUGCUUUUAAGUCCUCAAAAGAAAUAGCAAAAUAUAAUUAUCACAGUUUUUAAAACAUACAGUACACUAAGGAUUGUUUGGACACAAGUCAAAGUAAUUUUUUUUUU